AUGUAUCGACUAAACCUGUACACCAAGUGGAUGGAGAAACUCCGGCAUUUCAACCUUCCAGUCCUGUAUGGCCCUCCUACAGCAGGAAAGACUUGGAUUGCCCAGUGUGCAGCCUGGCUGAGUGAUUGCCCAGUGUGCAGCCUGGCUGAAUGUACAUUGUCAUUUAAUUGUUACAUCCUGGCUCACAUCAAGUACAGUCUGCCCUUUGUGUGGGAUGAUCCCACUUCCACUGAUGAGUUGUCCCAGUUGGCUAUUGAUCUUAGCAAUGGAGCUGUGCGAGGGAAGGCCAAUGAUGAAGCCAGGAAGCCACUAACUGGUUGUCUUGUGACAGCAAACUUCGAUCUGAGUGCAGCAUUUAAGUACCUCAGCAGACUGUUCGUCAUGAAGAUAGAGAAGACCAACCACCAAAAGAAGACUGGGGAUGCCAAAGCCCUUGAGGAUGCUGCCUGGGAUGCCUUGAGGAUGCUGCCUGGGAUGCCUUGAGGAUGCUGCCUGGGAUGCCUUGAGGAUGCUGCCUGGGAUGCCUUGAGGAUGCUGCCUGGGAUGCCUGGAGGAUGCUGCCUGGGAUGCCUUGAGGAUGCUGCCUGGGAUGCCUUGAGGAUGCUGCCUGGGAUGCCUUGAGGAUGCUGCCUGGAAUGCCUCUUCAGUGCUACCAGUGGUAUUGUGCCAUCUGAACUCACUGACAGCAGCUGAAGUAAACAAAGAAGUAGAGAACCAGUGGUAUUGUGCUGUCUGAACUCACUGACAGCAGCUGAAGUAAACAUGCAAAGAAGUGGAGAACCUGUGGUAUUGUGCCAUCUGAACUCACUGACAGCAGCUGAAGUAAACAAAGAAGUGGAGAACCAGUGGUAUUGUGCCAUCUGAACUCACUGACAGCAGCUGAAGUAAACAAAGAAGUAGAGAACCAGUGGUAUUGUGCCAUCUGAACUCACUGACAGCAGCUGAAGUAAACAAAGAAGUAGAGAACCUGUGGUAUUGUGCUGUCUGAACUCACUGACAGCAGCUGAAGUAAACAAAGAAGUGGUAUUGUGCCAUCUGAACUCACUGACAACAGCUGAAGUAAACAAAGAAGUGGAGAACCUGCAGCCCAUUGUAAAGAUGGACAUCAGGAUCCUGGAAGGCAUUGCCAUGCCAAUGGCCCUGGCAAGAAUGUUCCUGAAUGCUGCUCAUCGGUAUGAUCUGAUGCAGACUGUCAUCAAUUACCUCAAAGAGGUCCUCAUCCCAUAUUACCAAGAGAGCCUGAAGCCAACCUGCGCAGAGAUCACCAGGGCAGAAACCCGGACAUUGGGGGAUUCUGCAUUUUCUGCCAUUUUGGAAGUGUGCAA